AUGAUCAAGCGCAAAUUUGACGUCUUUGUCCGCAGCAGGGGUGGAGGCGCCGACAUCUACGGCUUCACCCCGUCCCAUGUGUCGAAUCCGCGCAUCGGUACCCCAAGUAUCGAGUCGGUGAUGAAGGUGUAUGGGUCCGUGGAGGAGGCGUAUCUGUCAGCCAUGGCCGCCGUGGAGGGUAGCAGCCGAGCUCGCGACGAGCUGGGAUCCAAGAUUGACCAGAUGAAGAAGACGAUCGCGGAUGCGCAUUCAAACUGGGCGACGGAGGUGAAAAACCACAACGAUCUCCACGACAAGGUCUUGGUGGCCGGCGACAAAGUAAAGCUGGCGCACCAGACCCUGCAAAAUGCAACGCUGGCUUUGGAAGACAGAAUUAGAAACGCACUUCACUGUGAUGUCAGCUGGCUCAAGGUCCUCCAGGCCCUUGCGACGGCCCUGAUGUUCUGCCACCCUGCGACUGCACCUUUUGCGGUCGAGGGAGCCAUUCUCAGCGUCGGUUCCGAAGCAUUCAGUGCUUGCGAUGAUAGUAUGAACACCAUCAUGACGGAUUCAGGAGCCAAGAUCGAUAAAGACUGCCUGCUGAAGCAGAUGACUGUUCUGACACAGGGCAGUGAUCAGCUCGCCCAGGGCCUCAGUGAGAAUAUCAAGAAUAUGGACAAUCCCUCUGCCAAGGUGCUGAAGCGGAUCACCGUCGAAAAAGACAAGUUCGACAGGAUGUGCGACGAUCGUCUGAACAAGCUGGACGGACCAGAGACUGAGGCUGGAAAGGCCGCUUUUGCUGCCUUUGUCGAUGCCAUCAGCGACCGCAGCGACCUCCUUCAGAAAUACAACCUGAGCACCGUCCGCCUAGCCAAGCUCCGUCUCGAGAUGGUCAAUGGCAACGAGAGUCUCGGGUUCUUGGAGAGCAGCUUGCCCUCCGUCUCAGACGACAGCAUACGCCUCGCCGCCAAGUUCCUCAAGUCCACUCUCUCCAGCAUCUCGCAGGAGAGCUUUCGCUCUCUAUACAAGUUCUGGCGGGCCUUUAACUGCGCCACUCUUGGACCGACCUCCUUCUACGAGUCCUGGGUCAAAUCCAACACCAUGCAGACCUUUGGCAGCCUCAGAGCCGAGAUUCUGCGGAUCAAUUACGACAAGACCCUCGAAGCUGACCAGAAGAUCUGGUGGAACCGCAUCAAGGACCACCCCCGUAUCGACGAGGUCGUCUCUGUCUCCCUCACCACCAAGCGUCAACCGCACAAACUGUUCGCCCUGAUCAAAACCCGGGAGAUGACUAUCGAUCUCGACUGGGACAAGGCCGUCGCGUAUGGCUUCCACCCGAAAUGGUUUGACAUCCGCCUCAAGGGCGUCCAGAUCUAUCUUGUCGGCGCGCGAGUCGACGUCGACAAGCUCCCCCCCGAGGCACGCGGGUCCGCGGAUACAGCCAAGACAAUCAAACUUGGCAUUGAGAGCUGGGGGAACUUUCGUUAUGUGGAUGAGAAAGGGAAAAUGCACGAGUUCUCCAUGCCGAGCAAUAUCUUCGACUUCAACUAUAAGAUCCACAAGGCGUCCGAGGUGGGCUCCCCUGCUGGCCGCAAGAUCUGGUAUCCGGCAGCGCAGUCAAACGCACUGCAGGAUAGUAGUCCUCCUAUCAGCAGUUCUGGCGGUUCAGGAUGGAUCCCAGGAGAUGGUAGCGUACGAGAUGAGAAGUUUCCGCUCCAGUCACCGCUGGGAACCUGGACGGUGUAUGCAGAUCCGUCGGUGGAUCUGAAGGAUGUGACGGAGGUUCAUUGUGUGUUUGAUCUAGUGCUGCGGAAAGCGAAGUCUUAA